AUGACCGUACCGUUGUCGUUGCUUCGUCUCUUUCUUGAACUGAUUACCGUACUGGUGUUGCUCGACCAGGUACGGUCGAAGAUUGUCGACACCAGUUUCGGCAAGGUCAGGGGUCGAUCGGUGCAGCUGCCUUACGCCGGCCUGCCUCAGGUGGAGCAGUACCUCGGCAUCCCUUAUGGCGCCCCGCCGGUCGGCUCGCGACGUUUCAUGAUGCCACAGACGGCUACCAAGUGGACGAACACGAUCAAGGACGCGACGCGUAUGCCGCCGGCCUGUAUCCAGUUCUGGCCUCCGGCGUUGCAGCUGAUGCGCGCAGAGGCGAUGAAGUGGAUGACCGAGAGUCGCCAUACGUACCUCAAAAAGCUGUCCGAGUUUCUGCGCGACCAGCAGGAAGACUGUCUCAACUUGAAUCUGUACGUGCCGUCGAAACGAGGUGAGUGCACACACGACGAGUUGUGCUGUCACAUUCACACUUUCGUUGCUAACAAGCCGAAUUAG